CCCACCGCACCUCCCAAAAAACGAAACAAAACAAAAAAGAAAAAAACUCUCCCGUCUCUCGGACCAUCUGAGGCUCCGACCCUCGUUAGGUGCUCCGGCUCUCAUACCCAGAUCCUAGAAAACCUAGAAUCUCUUCAGGUCUAAAAGGAGUCCAAUUGUCAGCCAUUCCCUUCCGAUUCCAGAUUUGGGGGCGAGAUCGAGGUCUUCUCCGAUCGUACCAGCAAUGGAUUUCAUGAAGGUCUUGGAUCAAACUGUACGGGAGAUAAAGAGAGAGGUUAAUCUUAAAGUGCUGAAGGUGCCGGAGAUGGAACAGAAGCACUGAGUGCCCGUUAAUCAUGAAUGUACUUUGGACAAGAUUGUCAGAUACUGGUUCCAAAUGGCGUCAUGUGUACAAGGCAUUGGCUGUUAUUGAAUACUUGAUUGCAAAUGGAUCGGAAGGCGCAGUUGAUGACAUUAUUGAGCAUACUUUUCAAAUCUCAGUACUGCUUCUUCACCCUGGAUAAGAAAAUUAUUAAUUUACCUUGUCCGUUGGGAUCUUUUUUCUCCCAAAUGCUUCUCAUUAUGUGUUUUUUUGUGUUCCAAAAGGCACUUUCAGGAUUUGAGUAUGUUGAACCUAAUGGAAAGGAUGUCGGGAUCAAUGUGAGAAAGAAGGCAGAAACCAUCUCAGCUCUUUUGAAUGAUAAAGAAAAAAUACAAGCAGUCAGAGAUAAAGCUGCUGCAACCCGUGAUAAGUAUUUUGGGUUGUCCUCAACUGGAAUAACAUAUAAAUCAAGUUCAGCUUCAUACGGCAGUGAUGGCUUUAGUGGUCGUUAUGGAAGCCUAAGUGGUUCAAGGGAAGGUGACACCUUUAGAGAUAGUUACCGAGACAGUGAAUCACAUAGAAGUGUUGCUGAUGAAAAUGAAGGGAGCAAAUCAAAGAAGACAGUAGCACAUCAAGCCAGGGAUCAAGAUUCUUUAACAUCAAAAUCAAAGCCAUCAACUAAGCCGGGCCACGCUCCAUCUUCUAAAAGCCCAAUUGUUCAAGCAACUAGUAGCAAGGAUGAUUUUGAUGACUUCGACCCACGCGGAUCUUCUAAAACUGGAUCAGCUAAUACAAGCUCUAGCCAGGUUGAUCUAUUUGGACAAAGCUUAGGGUUCAACCUCAUGGACGAACCAGCUUCUCUUCCAACAGAAACAACCACGCAUGGCAAUCCUGCAACAGCUGAAGUUGACCUUUUUGCUGAUGCGACUUUUCAAUCGGCCUCACCUCAAGCCGAAGCAACAGCAACUUCUCAUACUCAGAGCAGCAUUGAUCUCUUUGCCAGUCAACCUGCCAUUCCUGCUGCAUUUCCUUCAGAUAAUUUGGAGUUUUUUGCAGCACCAGAGCCAGGCUUAUCUUCUGAAACAAAGUCUCCCAUUUCUGAGCCUGCUAGCACUCCAUCAUUUGAUCCUUUUGCCGCAAUUCCAUUAAACAAUUUUGAGGGCUCUGACCCGUUUGAUGCCUUGACUUCUCAUACUGAACCAGCAACUACAAAAUGUUCACAACAUUCUACAACCAGCAGCCCAAACAAGCUGGAUGAGACCUUUGGUCCCUUCACCUCUCAUACUGAGGCAGCAACUACAGAACCUUCACAGCAUUCUACAAAUAACAGCCUCAACAACCUGGGGCAGACCUCUUUAACAGCAUCCAAGCCUGCCCUCAAGGACACUUUUCAGGUUAAGUCUGGAAUAUGGGCUGAUUCCUUGAGCCGUGGACUGAUUGAUCUGAAUAUAACUGCCCCCAAGAAGGUAAAUCUAGCAGAUAUUGGGAUUGUUGGGGGGCUUAGUGAUGGGCCUGAUGAGAAGGAAAAAGGACUUCCAAGUUCAGCAUACAUGGGGAGAGCCAUGGGCAUGGGAACUGGUCUGGGCAGGUCUGGGCUUCCAUCUGCUGCAAUGGGGACAAGUGGGAGCUUUUCAACAUUUGGCCAACAGCAGUUUGGAAGCUUCAAAUGAUGCCGCAUCUGAAUUUUUUUUUUUGAUAUUCCUUUCUCCAGCCAAUAGUUGUUCCUGAAAGAGUUGAGUAAUUUUAUUAAUUGUACAUUGCAUUUUAUUUGUUUCACUCUACAUUUCAUUGUUGUUCUUGUUAUGCACUCGCAUAAGUUUUACAAAGAGGACUUUGUGCUGAACUUUAUUGACAGUGCAAGGACUAUUGCUUGUCUAUUCUCCAGGUUCCCAACUGACCGUUUACAGCUGAAGCAUGCCAGUUGGUGUUUCCUGUUGCUAUGAAGCAAGCUAAAAUGUGUCCAUUACUGACUGUUUUCAAUCUUUGAAUCUUAUGGUUAUUAUUAUUA